AUGGGGUAUAUUCAAAUCUGUGAUGAUGCGGACGAUGACGAAAAUGUCGUGGAGGUUCGCGAACGGGCUUGCCGAAUACUGCACGGUGGUGUGAGCUGGGCUGUAACAGGUCUUCUGAACAUUUUUACACUCGGCCAGUCACAUCCGCUUGAACACCGAUGGAUCGAAAUCGAAACAGAUCGGGCGUUUUAUAACGUUCAAUUGUAUGACAGUGGUGCUUUAAUAAUGAAUUCAGCCAGAAAUACGCGACAAACCGAUUUGAUGGGCCUGAAGUGUGCCGGCAAACCGAGUGAUGCUGAUGUCUGGAAUAUUAGCAAAUACCGAUAUCCCUUCACCGAAUAUGAGAAUGAUCCUUUAAGUCUAUCAGGCAAGUUGAAAAGGCUCUCCAUACAUCCUCCUGGACAGCCUCUUUCCCUGGGUAAAAUUAAACGUUGGUUGAAUGCCGGUGGCUUUCCUGCUUAUUAUGAUUUGAUUAAACACAAUUGUCAACAUUUUGCAGACGCAUUUUGUCAGCGAUUUUGUUAUAGAUUGGUUACCAAAAGAGUGAAAGAACAAUUCAGUGUACGACAUAAAGAAAUAGCAGAUGACUAUCGAACAGCGGAUGAUUUGGGAAUGAUACACAAUAAUCUAAUUGAAUAUCGUCGGUUAAGAAGAUCACCAUCCCCUUCAACCCUCAGUUGCACUCUAAGUGUAUUUCAAAAAGAAGUUGAAUUAUUAUUAAAAAGAUGGAGAGAAAUACCUGAUAUUGUUAUAUUUGCUAAUUAUUUUAAAGAACAAUGGGUUGUUGAUUUAAAAUAUUGGUAUGAAGGUGCUGCUAUGGGAAUUCCAAGUAUAAACAAUGGAUUGGAAUCUUUAAAUGGUAAAAUCAGACAAAUAUAUACACUUCGAAUUACAAUACCAAUGAUGUGUGCAUAUAAAACAAAUUUAAAAUCAUAUGUAUGUAAACAUGCUCUUGGCAUGAUGAUUCAUUUAGGCUAUUAUUUUGUUCAAGCCCCAUCAAAAUUAGAACAUUUCAGCAAAAGACGUGAUCGGCCUAAAAAGGCACGUUUAGCAUUAAUGAAAUAA